AUGGUCAAUUUACCACAUUUUUCAUUGCGAAGCAGGAGAUAUGAAGAUAUAAGACAGAGACUCAGGAGUUCACGUAGUCAUCAUACUUGGGGGAUAAGCUUUGGACGUCGCCGUGAUGAAUUAAAACAACGGGGCGAGCCAACUGACCUCCAACAAUUGGAAGAAUUAGCUCGAAAAUCUGUUAAAUUAAUGGAAAAACAUGGAACAAAAACUACACAAAAUUACGUAAAAGUAUUGGAUCUACUCAGGCAACAGUAUAAUCUUAAUUUCAUAGUUGUUUGCGAGAAUUGCAACGGUACCCAUUCUUAUGACGAGUUGUCAGCUCCAGAGCGGUAA